AUGUUCUAUCAUAAUAGUCGGGCUCAAUUAUAUACGGUGCUAUUUUCAAUAUGGGAGAUAAGGGUUCUUGUUUCAAAGAUGUGUAUACUAUAACGAAUAAUGGGGUAAGUUACACCUAUUGCAAUAAUUUUGGCUAAUCAAUUAUGCUAAUACUAACAUAAAAAUAUUAACUUAAAACAUGAAAAAUUUUGCUUUGGGAAUAUGACUAUCUUAAAAACCAUUUAUUCAGGUAUUACAAUUUUAGUAUUUAUGCUAUUUUAAAUGAAGAAAAAAAUAAAAUUUACGAAAGUGAAUAAGCAAGUAGCAUAAUAACAGCUCAAUUUCCAAAUUAAUUUGUUUAAGAAUUUUAGUUAUUAAAUGUAGGAGGUAAUAGAGAUAAUUGUAAAAGAGGAAUUAUACCAAUAAUUAUGGUUUACACAUAAUUAAAGCUGA